UCUCCGUCCCUCUUCCGGUGUCGUGCGGUUCCAGCGGCGGAUGUUGAUGUUUUGUUUCGCUGCUCGCUGAGCGAUAUGUGAACUACUUCGUAUUUCUGUGCCAAUUCUCUCCGUUUUGUCUUGGCUCUUUGGUUCUUAAGAAAAUAAGGCUCAUCUGUUUGUCGGCACCGUGUUUGUCCCGGUGUCACUGCCGGGGAGCGAUGAUGGAGGACUUUGACGAAAUCUACGAAGAGGAGGAGGAAGAAGAGGACGAGGACAGGGCCGCGGAGGAACAGCUCCUCAAGUACGCUCCGGACCCGGUGGUGGUUCGGGGGUCCGGCCACGUCACGGUGUUUGGACUAAGUAACAAAUUUGAGUCAGAGUUUCCCUCGGCGCUCACAGGAAAGGUGGCGCCAGAGGAGUUCAAAGCCAGUAUCAAUCGAGUGAACAGCUGCCUGAGGAAGACCCUCCCUGUGAACGUGAGGUGGCUCCUGUGCGGCUGCCUGUGCUGCUGCUGCACGCUGGGCUUCAGCUUAUGGCCGGUUAUCUGCCUUAGCAAAAGGACAAGAAGAUCAAUAGAGAAACUUUUAGAGUGGGAAAACAACAGACUUUACCACAAGCUGUGUUUGCAUUGGAAGCUUAGCAAAAGGAAGUGUGAAACCAACAACAUGAUGGAAUAUGUAAUCCUAAUAGAGUUCCUUCCUAAGAUCCCCAUCUUCAAACCUGACUAGCGAGACCGCAGGAGGGCCUAAAACUUCCACUGCUGCCCAGCUCUGUCCUGAAGCUACAAUGGCUGUGAAACUCCUUCCCCUGAAAUACUCCACUAGUGUUUACAUUGUUUGCCCUCUCUUUUUUUUUUUUUUUGUCAAAUAUACCUGUUUUACACCAUUGUUUACAAAUCCAUCAGUCCCCUGCUUUUGUUUGAGAGAAUUUGCCAUUUAAAAUCUGACCUUUUUGGUCAAACUGAAGCUCUGUCGAGCAGCCGUUGACCCGAAUCAGCCUGCAGGGUGUAAGCAGAGGAGCAGCCAUGGGCAGGGAUGUGGAUUUUGAAACUUGAAUACAGGACCGGACCUAGAAAUUGAGUUCCGUGAGGACAGAAAAACUGGAUAUUAGUGACUUUUAUCCCUAAACCAAGCACAUGGCACAGUGAGACUAAAAUAGUUUUACAAUGUGGCACCAUCAACUUCACUGGCAAAAAAAUGUGCUCCCGUGCAGAGGUGUUGGAUUGGUGCCCUGGAGGCCGCGGAGACGAGACGGGGCGGAACAUUGUCCAAAAAAAAUGUAGAAGUAGACAGACUAGUCCAACAGAAACAUGCUAAGUUUUACUCCUCAACCAUUGGACGUCUCAAUGCCCUGUGCACAACUAGUGACAAUCACACACUCUGACUGCACUGUUUAUUGUAUAAAUGGGUCUUUGUGCUACGACGUUUACCCAAACCAAUUAGGUUUCGACGCUGUUUGUGUCCAAGUGUUGGACUGAUCGCCUAGCAACUGGGCAACGAAGAAACUUUCUUUUACAAUGUUUCUUUUAUCGAUCAGUUUUGUUUACUGCUUUGGUGAAAGAGAAAAUGGUGAUUCCUGCAAAAUGUGCUUGCAUAAUACAGAAAUAUCACACCUCAAAACAAAAGAUUUUCUUCUUUAAUUUUUUUUUUUUUUUUUACAUAUCUUUUGUGGGGUUGUGUACCAAUAGCGUUCAAGGACACCUUUGAUUGUUCCUUUUGGUAAAUUUGUGUCAACAGUGAUGCACUCUGUCUGUCCUACACUCCGUUUCAUGGCCUUUGUCAUUCAGCUGUAGACCUUGACUUGUUCCCAAGUGUUUGAGUCCAGGACAAGAAUGAGAGCUCCGCUGUUUCAGAUGUCUCUGUUUAUAGAGUUCAGGCGCUUCGGUUGACAGAAGUUUAAACUUUCCUCUCAAGAUGUUUCAAAUUAAGCAGACCACUCCCAAACUAGAAGCAUGAAUUAAAAGUUGCUCAAAGAUUUUUUUCUUUUUUCUUUUUUUUUUUUUUUACCAACAAAAGACUUCCUAUGGUGAAAACCCUACAGAGAAUCAUCAGUUGUUCCACUUGGCUUGUGUUUUCUUUAUACCUACAGGUUCAGUUUCACCGGUAUCAUAGCUGUUGUUGAGCUGAUCACGAGUAACUAAAAGGAGAUCACCACAAUUAGUUAAUUUCCUGAUGAAGAUAGGCUAUUUAAAAGCGUCACUAAAGUUUACCACAUCACGGGCGUAGGCAUGUAUAUUCUCACAGCUUGAUAAACGCGAUGGAAAAUCCCACAAUCUCAAUGUAUACACACAAAGAUUUUAAACCAUGUCUAACACGAUAUUCUACAGCUAAUAUUUUUUUAAACAAAGUGCUUAUUGUGCUGAAAGUGUAAAACGUCUGUGGUUGUGCUCCCUUAACAUUGACACAGACGGUGUAAUAGGCUGAUAUCCGGUUAAUUAGGCUAUCGGCAGAGGUAGCCAUCCUGGAGUUGGCUGCAUACCAGAGACGCCGCUCACAGCUUUAGAAACCGAAAAUGUUUUCAAACAGCAGAAUUUUUGUUUCGUAAACCAGGGAAGUGCAGUCAGUGGCCUUUCAGCCAGCUGACCAGCAGUGUGCAGCAGGGCUUUUACUCUGUAAUUACAGAGUGGGAAGAGCUUACUCCGGCACUUUCUCUCGCAUCUGACUAAAGGGACUCUUAAGUUCCUGCAGUAUUGUGACGGUAUCUAGUAGCGGUUUGGUAUACCUUGAUACCUCAAGCCUGUCCAUACCUGUGAAUAGCAAAAUCUAAACGUAAAAGACCCACUCUAGAAGAUAACAGCCACUUUUUAAGGCACCCAUAGUAAGAUUAUUGAUUUGAAACUUAUUCAGCAAUGGUUUUGGUUCAACUUUCUGUCCUAAGGGUUCCCUCUUACACAACGCAACUCAAAGCACCAUUUUAGUCUGACAUGUUUAACAUUUGCUAAAGAGACCAUUUGGGAUUGACAAAGACUGCUUUAGAGUGGCUGCUCUUUAUGUUUUUCUGCCCCGUCUGUCCACCAGUGUGAAAAACGUCCAUACGGAUUGACUGAGAUUACGUAUCUUAUUUAUCUGUGGAAUUUAAACAAAGCCACCCCGUUUUAGCUCUGGUGAUUGUAUGGGUGGCACUCAGGGGACAUGCAUAACACAAUGUAGCAUUACAAAUAAUGCCGUUGUCAUUUAUUUUCCACAGUGUCGACAGGGUGUCAUGUAUAAUAGCAUAAAGACCACACAUUACUUGAAUAACUGUAAAAUUAUGCAUUUCGAGUUUGUUGUGAGAAAGAAGGUAAAAAAAAAAUGUCGAUUAGGUUUCCUGAUGUCUCGCUAGUAUUUCUGUUUAGAAGCACAUACUUCGCUGACACAAACACACAAAAUGUAUUAGUUUAUCUAAAAGACAAAAAAAAGGAAAAUUAUUGCAGGUUGGCAUUUUGGUUACUCUGACACUUUUAUACUUUUUCGAUUGCCCUCUUCCUUUUGUAAAUCAAGGCAUAACAUGGUUCUUUUUUUUCUUUUUUGUUUUGAUAUGUGCACAGUGAAUGCCAGAUGCAUUUUGAUUUCUUAGUGCUGAUUGCGUGAUUGAAUUCUACACAGAAAUGUAUCAUUUUUAUAUGAUCCAGUGUGUAAUCUGUGAGUGAGAAAAAUAUAUAUCCAAAUGUAGACAUAUGUACAGUUAUAAAACUACUAAUAAAAAGACAAUGAUAUUCUU